AUGGCUACCAGUGUGCCCGAUUUUCCGAAUUUGACGAUCGAGUCGCCAGCGUCAGCACCAGGAGUUCAUGUUAUCGUCCUUAACAAGCCACCUGAGAACCGUCUCAAUGUUGCCUUUGCACAAACCAUCAUUGCAGCACUGAGAUACAUCGAGGUCAAACUCAUGAAGCCAGACAGCCCAGGAGCGGUCAUCAUCUCGAGCUUCUCGGACAAAUUCUGGUGCACAGGCUUGGAGCUCGACGAGUCAGACAACAACAUCUACGCCAACGCUGAUGGUUUCUACCCGCUACUCGCCACGCUCGUCGACUAUCCCUAUCCAACCAUUGCUUUGAUCACAGGACACACUUUUGGUGGAGCAUGUCCUUUCAGCUUGUCAUGCGACUAUAGGAUCAUGAACAGCAAGCGCGGCUUCAUCAGCAUGCCACCAGUCAACCUGGGCCUUCACUUUGACGGUAUCGGCGCUCUGCCACGGUUGAAGCUCCAACCUCAAAUCGCGCGAAAAAUGCUGCUCGAAGCACACAAGUGGACAGGUGCUCAAGCCCUCAAGGACGGAAUUGUUGAUGAGAUUGUCGAGCCCGAGAAGAUGAGAGAGCGAGCGAUUGAAUUUGCAAAGUCCGUCGCACCUCGUGCUUCAAUGGGUGUCUAUGGACUGCUGAGAUCAGAACUCUGGGGCGAAGCUCUAGAUAAAUUCAAGGCCAUUAGUUAUGUCCAUCGUAAAAGAGUUGGAACUGCCCCUAAGGCCAAGAUCUGA